UCUCUUCAAACCAACAAAAAAAAUAAAAAUAAAGGUUGAAACGGAGAGAGAGGGUGGUGGUGUUCUCUCUUUCCACUUUCUACCGUCGAUUACAACCAACAGAUCUCGCCUAAUCGAAUCAAUCAAGGAGACGAAGAAUCGACGCCAAAAAUAUAGCGAAGUCGAAUAUUCGACCUGUUGGAUCGGGGGGUGAAUCCAAAUGGUUCGAUCGGGUAGUUUAAGCGUCGAUUCGUCGGCUAGUCAUCGGCGGACGCCGUCUAGAACGGUGACGUUGGGUCAUAUACAGCCUCAGGCUCCGUCUUAUCGUACCGUCUACUGCAAUGAUCGAGAUUCCAAUAUGCCCGUCCGCUUCAAGGGUAAUUCGAUUUCGACUACAAAGUAUAAUGUUUUCACCUUUCUGCCCAAGGGUCUGUUUGAACAGUUUAGGCGCAUAGCAAACAUAUACUUUCUUGGAAUUUCGUGUCUAUCAAUGACACCUAUAAGUCCUGUGAGUCCAAUAACAAAUGUAGCUCCGCUCUCAAUGGUGCUUCUCGUCUCUCUUAUUAAAGAGGCUUUCGAAGACUGGAAACGGUUUCAAAAUGAUAUGUCCAUAAAUAAUAGCACAGUGGAGAUUUUAGAAGACCAACGGUGGGUACCUAUUCCGUGGCGAAAGUUGCAAGUUGGAGAUAUUGUCAAGAUAAAACAAGAUACUUUUUUUCCAGCCGAUAUUCUUUUCCUGUCCAGCACUAAUCCUGAUGGUAUCUGCUAUGUUGAGACUGCAAAUCUAGAUGGAGAAACAAAUUUAAAAAUAAGAAAGGCCCUUGAAAGGACAUGGGAUUACUUGGUACCAGAGAAAGCUUCUGAGUUUAAAGGUGAAAUUCAGUGUGAGCAACCGAACAAUUCUCUGUAUACUUUCACGGGGAAUCUUGUAGUACAAAAGCAGACGUUGCCUCUCUGUCCCGACCAGCUUUUGUUGCGUGGAUGCAGUCUUAGAAACACAGAAUACAUAGUUGGAGCUGUUGUUUUUACUGGCCAUGAGACGAAGGUGAUGAUGAAUGCGAUGAAUGCUCCAUCUAAAAGAAGUACGCUGGAAAAGAAGCUUGACAAACUCAUUAUUACAAUAUUUUGUGUCCUUCUCACAAUGUGUCUAAUUGGAGCAAUAGGCUGUUCAAUUGUGACGGAUCGUGAGGACCUAUACUUGGGCCUUCAGAAGUCAGAUUGGGAAUACCGUAACAGACUCGCGAUAGGGUUUUUCACCUUUUUCACUCUAAUCACUCUGUUCUCAUCAAUUAUACCAAUCUCCCUUUAUGUUUCCAUAGAGAUGAUCAAGUUUAUCCAGUCGACUCAGUUUAUCAACCGAGAUCUCAAUAUGUAUCAUGCUGAAACAAAUACCCCUGCCUCGGCCAGGACUUCCAAUUUAAACGAGGAGCUUGGACAGGUGGAAUUUUCUGAUAAAACUGGAACGCUGACAAGAAAUUUGAUGGAGUUCUUUAAAUGUUCUAUUGGCGGAAUAAGUUAUGGAUGUGGUGUCACUGAAAUAGAAAGAGGAAUCGCUCAGCGGAAUGGCCUAAAAGUACACGAGGAAGAAAGGUCGACUGCUGCAAUUAGAGAAAAGGGAUUUAAUUUUGAUGAUCCAAGGCUAAUGCGGGGAGCUUGGCGAAAUGAGCCUAAUCCUGAUCUUUGCAAGGAACUUUUUAGAUGCCUAGCCAUCUGUCAUACAGUCCUUCCUGAAGGUGAUGAGUCCCCUGAGAAGAUCGUAUAUCAAGCUGCAUCUCCAGAUGAAGCUGCCCUAGUUACUGCCGCCAAGAAUUUUGGUUUCUUCUUUUACAGGUAA